GUCUAACUGCAAUUGCAGAUUCAUAUCAUAAAUUAGAAUGUUUAAAUAUUUCUAAUCGCAGAGAGUUUUCUGAAAUAUUAAUUUAUAAUAUUAUUCAUUUUUGCCUAAGACUCUGGCAACUUAAUCUUAGCUAUUGUGAAAUUACUGAUAUAACUAUCGAAGAAAUUGCUAAAUCAUGUCUUAAUUUAAAAUAUCUAAAUCUGAGAGGGUGUUAUAAAAUUAGCAAAAAAGCCGUAGAUCAGCUUAUUUCACUUAAUCCAAAUGUCCAUAUUGAGAAUUUUGAGGAAACUUUAACGCGUCCUGAUCUUAUUAGAGUAGUUAUAAAUCAUCUUACACAGAAUAAUAUUGCUAGUAGACAAACUCUAGCUUAG